AUGUCGUCGACGAGAUAUCUAGAGAAAAGCGACAUCAGCACUGGGCUCAUCGGAGCGCCAGAUACUCAGAUUGAGAUGGAUGCAGAGCGGACAAUGUGCCCGAUGCUUCCACGCCUCUACAAGACAAUGUGCGGGCGAAAGCUCAAAUGGCAACCCAUCUGCUGCUGCCGCCAGGAACGAUCCACACUCAUCUCGAACGAAGUCUCCAUGCUCCAGAAAAGUCCACCACGCGGCAGCGACCCAGCGAACCCACCCGGUAGUUCAACAGGCACAUCGCGACCCUCCGUACCCACGACAAGCAGAGGCUUCAUGGGCACAUCGGAGAGUAUGGGCGGCGAGCGAAUGGGCGAAAACGUCUCCGUAGGACGAGAAGGACCAAAUGCACAGGGCGUAGGACAAAUAUUACCUCCCGAAGAAGAAGAAGGCCAGCAAGAUUCGCGGCGAACGAAUAUACAGUCAAUCUCCGAACUCGCUGCCGCACCCGGAGAAGACAUGACCCCCAUUUCCUCGAAACAAGAAUCCAUCCUCCGCUCACGCCUCGCUGAGAUCAAGCCACUCGGCGUUCCCUUCCGACCUUCUGUCCCUACCUCCGCCACAGACUUCAUCCGUUCGGGCUAUGGGGCAUCUACACCAGCCGCGAACAACUUCCCCGGCAUCAUCACCGAUCGCUUCGCCGCCCUGACCGGAACUCUCGGCCGCCGCACACCUCGGACCGCCGAGGAGAGAGCCCAGCGCAGAGCACAAGGAAUCUUGACACAACUCACCGCUGAGGACAUCCAGGACUUGAAAGAUAGCGGAAAGAGGUGGAGGAAACAUACGAUCAAGGACUCGAUCAAGAAGCAGGUGGUCGCGAAGUUAGUGCAGGGGAGCGAACAACGAUUCCACCACAUGCUAAAACAUCCCCCAGAUUCGGAACCUCAACCACCUCCCGCAACGACUGUUUCGCACUUGCCCACCACUUUCACCCUCUACCGCCACAAAGUCCCACUAAGCCCCUCCUCAUCAUCCUCCAUGUCCUUCACCUGCUUCGCCCUCUUCCUCACCGCCCUCUCCUCCUCCGUCUCAACCUUCUUGUUCCUCUUCCAAAACAUCAGCUUCUCCCUGAACCGCGUCCAACAGUCCACCUCCACCUCCUCGCCAUCGACAUAA